CACUUUUCUGGUCCUGUUUAUCCAGAAAGUGAAAGUUUUAGGAUAUACCCAAGUCAAAAACACACACGGUUGACAAAAACUAUCCUCAUCACUUUCUUCACUAAUCAUCUUCAAUGUUUUAUAGUUAAACCGGAACGACCACCUAGUCAAGUUCUGUUUAUUGAAAUUUGAUUCCUGUUUCGUUUUGCAAUGACCCGUCAAGCGUUGGUAUUUUUGUUCCAUGUUGUACUUCUUCUUGCAACUUCGUGUGUGGAGUCCAAUUACAAGGUUUAUAAUACUUCACAAGGCAUAGUUCCUGGGAAACUUAAUGUUCAUCUGGUUGCUCAUACACAUGAUGAUGUGGGUUGGUUAAAGACCGUUGAUCAGUACUAUGUUGGCUCCAACAAUUCUAUUCAGGGGGCUUGUGUGCAGAAUGUAUUGGAUUCUUUGAUUCCUGCAUUACUGGCUGACAACAAUCGGAAGUUUAUUUAUGUUGAACAGGCAUUUUUCCAGCGAUGGUGGAGAGGACAGAGUGAGGCCAUGCAGCAGAUAGUUAAGCAGCUUGUCAGCUCAGGUCAACUAGAGUUCAUAAAUGGAGGCAUGUGCAUGCAUGAUGAGGCAGUGACACAUUACAUUGACAUGAUUGAUCAGACAACUCUUGGGCAUCGCUUCAUUAAAAAUGAGUUUGGUGUAACUCCAAGAAUUGGAUGGCAAAUUGACCCGUUUGGACACUCUGCAGUGCAGGCUUAUUUGUUGGGAGCUGAAGUUGGAUUUGACUCUCUUUUCUUUGGUCGAAUUGAUUACCAAGACAGGACGAAGCGGAAAAAUGAGAAAAGUCUUGAACUUGUCUGGCAGGGUUCCAAAAAUUAUGGUUCAUCUGCACAGAUUUUUGCUGGUGCAUUCCCUAAGAACUAUGAGCCUCCACCUGGUGGUUUCUACUUUGAAGUCAAUGAUGACUCCCCUAUCGUUCAGGAUGAUAUCAAUUUGUUUGAUUACAAUGUUCAAGACCGAGUUAAUGACUUUGUUGCUGCUGCAGUAUCACAGGCUAACAUAACUAGGACAAAUCAUAUAAUGUGGACAAUGGGAACAGAUUUUCAGUAUCAGUAUGCACACACAUGGUUCCGGCAGAUGGACAAGUUCAUUCAUUAUGUGAACAUGGAUGGACGAGUCAAUGCUCUGUACUCUACCCCAUCCAUAUAUACUGAUGCAAAAUAUGCUGCAAAUGAAUUCUGGCCAUUGAAGACUGAUGACUUCUUUCCUUAUGCGGACCGUGCAAAUGCUUACUGGACAGGAUAUUUCUCAAGUAGACCAGCCUUAAAACGCUAUGUUAGAAUGAUGAGUGGUUACUAUUUGGCGGCAAGGCAACUAGAGUUCUUUAAAGGUAGGAGUAAUGCAGGGCCUAACACAGAUUCAUUAGCGGAUGCUCUGGCUAUUGCUCAGCAUCAUGAUGCAGUUACUGGUACUGAGAAGCAACAUGUGGCUGAUGAUUAUGCAAAACGGCUAUCAAUAGGCCACAUGGAGGCUGAAGAGGUAGUUGCAACAUCACUUGCUUGCUUGGCUGACUCGAUGUCCUAUGAUGGAUGUAAACGGGCGACUCUGAAAUUUCAACAGUGUCCACUACUGAAUAUUAGUUACUGUCCCGCAUCAGAAAUAGAUCUGUCUCAUGGGAAAAACUUGAUUAUUGUGUUCUACAAUUCCCUCGGAUGGAAGAGAGAUGAUGUUAUUCGAAUUCCGGUUGACAAUGAAGAUAUUAGUGUUUUUGAUUCCAAGGGAAAAGUAAUCGAAUCGCAGCUUCUUCCUCUUACUGAUUCUUACAUUGAUCUAAGGAACUACCAUGUUAGGGCAUAUUUGGGUAGAACUCCAAGCCUGACACCUAAAUACUUGCUUGCGUUUGCGGUCUCUGUACCUCCUCUUGGUUUUGGCACUUAUACCAUCAGAAGUGUCGAAACAACAGGGGCUAGUUCAACAAAAUCAUCUGUACACACAUUUGAAAGUAGUGAAAAAUCUUCUGUUGAAGUUGGUCCCGGGAAUUUAAAGCUUACUUUCUCCUCAGAUCAAAGCAAACUCAUUAAUUAUACUAAUAGCAAAAGCUCAGUUCAGGAAUUGGUUGAGCAGUCAUACAGUUUUUACCCCGGAUAUAAUGGAACUAAUGACAAAGCUCCUCAGAAUGCUGGGGCAUAUAUUUUCCGUCCAAAUGGUACAUUUCUAAUAAAGCCUGAAGGACAGGUUCCAUUGACUGUAAUGCAUGGGCCAAUAAUAGAUGAAGCACAUCAAAAGAUCAACGAGUGGAUAUAUCAGAUCACAAGAUUAUACAAGGGUAAAGAGCAUGUUGAAGUUGAGUUCAUUGUUGGGCCUAUACCUAUUGAUGAUGGACUAGGUAAAGAUGUUGUCACUCAAAUAACAACUACCUUGGAAACCAAUAAGACAUUCUACACAGAUUCUAAUGGGCGUGACUUUAUAAAACGGAUUCGUGAUUAUAGAUCAGACUGGGAGCUGGAAGUAAACCAACCAAUUGCAGGAAAUUAUUACCCUAUUAAUCUUGGUAUCUAUGCCCAAGGUUCUGGAAAAGAAUUUUCAGUUCUGGUGGAUCGGCCUCUUGGAGGAUCUAGCUUAGUAGAUGGACAAAUAGAGUUGAUGCUUCACAGGAGACUGCUACUUGAUGAUUCUAGGGGUGUUGCUGAGAACCUAAAUGAGACAGUCUGUAUAAAAGAUGAUUGCAGAGGACUGACAAUCCAAGGAAAGUAUUAUUUCAAAAUUGACCCACUAGGUGAAGGUGCUAAGUGGAGACGUUCUUUUGGCCAGGAAAUAUAUUCACCCCUCCUAUUAGCUUUUGCUGAGGAGGAUGGAGAUGAUUGGAUGAAUUCUCAUGUAUUCACUUUCUCUGGUAUAGACUCCUCCUAUACUCUACCUGACAAUGUUGCUAUUGUGACUCUCCAGGAGCUUGAUGAUGGAAAAGUUCUUCUUCGACUAGCUCAUCUAUAUGAGGUUGGCGAGGACAAGGAUCUUUCCACCAUGACGAACAUAGAACUGAAAAAGUUGUUCCCGAGCAAAAAGAUUGGGAAAGUGACAGAGACAAGCUUAUCUGCCAAUCAAGAAAGGAAGGAAAUGGAAAAGAAAAGACUUGUAUGGAAAGUAGAAGGUUCUUCAAGAGAAGAAUCCAAGGUAAUGAGAGGUGGACCCGUGGAUCCUUCAAAACUGGUUGUAGAGCUUGCUCCAAUGGAAAUUCGCACCUUCAUUAUCGACUUCACUCGUGUGUUCACCAGCAAGAUUUUUGACACUUAACAGCUGCAAAAUGAUGCAUGAAAAUCCUUGCCACCUGACGGAUGGCAUUAUGUUUAUCAAACUGUUCUCUCAAUCUCUAUGCUUGUACAUAGCUAGGACACAACCAAACCAGAGUUGAGUGUAAUUGUGUGUAUGUAUUGUCUACAUGUAAUGGAUUCAUCUUCAUGAAUCCAAUACAUGAAAUUAUGUUGCCAAAUUGUUAGUACUUUGUUUAAUUUGAAAGCGAUUUAGUCUAUUACUUGAAA